CUUCCUGUGAGCGCUGGGCCUAACACUGCUGUGAGGGAGCCGACGGAGCCUACAUUCCUGGUAGAGGACACGGCACGGUGCAGUCUGCUGCCGCAUGUGCAUACGAGACCUAAAGAUGUCAUGUGAAAAUACAUCAAAAAUACUACACGGAAAAAAGUCUGGUUUGACAUCUUCUAGAGAAAAUGAACUACUACAAAAUUUGCAGCUCUCUUCUCAGGAUGUUUUAGAAGCCGCCCAAAAGAAAGGAAGGUCGACGUGUCCAAAAUGUCACAGUUCAAGAAUGUUUUAUUGCUACACCUGCUAUGUGCCAGUCGAAAAUGUGCCUAAAGUAGACAUUCCGUGUGUGAAGCUUCCUUUGGAAAUUGACAUUAUUAAACAUCCUAAUGAAACUGAUGGAAAAAGCACAGCUAUACAUGCGAAACUUCUCGCGUACGAUGAUGUUACUGUACAUACAUUUCCUUGUAUUCCAGACUAUUAUGAUCAGAGGAACGAAGUCAUUCUGGUUUUUCCAGGCAAAAAUUCCAUGUCGUUGAAAGACAGCCUUUCAUACUUGAAUAAUAUUAAUCCUGAUGGUCAGAAAAAAGAAUCACCUAAUGAACCUACUUCCAAACGUCCAAAAUUGGAUGCAGAGAAUGACAGGAGCCAAGGAGAAGAAAAACAUAAUGAAGUAAAAAGAAAUAGUUUGAAGAAGGUUAUAUUUAUUGAUAGCACAUGGAACCAGACAAACAAAAUAAUCUUGGAUGAACGUCUUCAAGGCUUGGUAACUGUUGAAUUGACAGAAAGAAAAACUUGUUUCUGGCGUCACCAGAAAGGAUCACCAGACACUUACCUCUCAACAAUUGAAGCUAUUUACUACUUUAUGGUAGACUAUCACACUCAAAUUCUAGAGAGGGACUACCAUGGAGAUUAUGACAACCUUCUUUUCUUCUACUCAUUCAUGUAUAGGCUAAUUAAGGAUGCCAAGAAAUCUGCGGGAAAACAGUGAAGCAGAGCCGUAUUUUUAUGAAACCUAUAUCGAGUCCAAAAGAACGAACUAUGAUCGAAGCCUGGCUUGGGAGCAUUCCAUUGCAUGCGUCUUAAUGCGGUAUGCUUUGCGGCCUAUUGCUUUACAGAAAAACUGAAACGUAUUUAAAAACACCAUUUUUUCUGCAAAGAGCGUUGGAUCUAAGUAGGGUUUAAAUAUUAAAAAUAAUGCACAUAUUUGUAUUCCGGAAAUUCCUUUAUUUUCUGCCUUUUAAUGAAAUGUACAACUGUGUGUAAUAGUUUCAUGAAAAAAGAAAGUUUUUUUAUUUUGUAUUGCUGGCUAAUCAAUUUCCCCUUCUCUUGAAAAUUUGAAACUGUUAUUUUAUUUAAUGACUUUUGUGGUUUUACAAA